AUGACAACGGCUGCGCGUGAUGGGUAACUGUGGUGUUAGUGAUGGAAAUGUGUUGUCUUGGCCUUGCUAACGAGUCAGGGAUGAGUAGCAUUCAGAGGCAAGAUAAAAAUCAUGUGAAUCAGCUGAUUGAUCUUCCUCCAACAUUAUUGGAACUCUCCAGCUGUUGUGGGACUCCCACCUGGUAUCUCCAUGUCACGCACUUGACAAACCCACAACCUUGAAGUAACCUUUUACCUCGUAUAAUUUUUUGGGGGUUAUCACGCGGCUCUUUACUCAUUAACUCGAGGUAUUUACGCCUGUUUGUGCUUGUAGUAUAACUUGUGUGUCGGUUGUUAAGGAGGUUGAGAGCGGCUGCGCGACCCGGGUGUAGCGUGCGACCUGACGCACGUCUGGCCUUGUUUACUUGCGACGUAGUUCAACACAAAAGAUAUUUGCAGGAUGGGAAGUGAAAUUUAGCAGACAUGUUGCGACUAGGACUAGAAACCAUAUCCAAAAUGCCCUGGUACUUCCCGUGGUCGGAUGCCAUCAAGAAGAGGGCGAUUAGGUACUUGCUGCAGCGGUAUGUUGGACAGUUUCUGGAAGAGAAGCUCAGUUUGGAUCAGCUGACAGUGGAUUUGUACGAAGGAACUGGGACCAUAAAGGAAUUAACGUUAGAUGUUGGUGCUUUAAAUGAAGUAGCUGACCAGCUGAAUCUUCCCCUCAGAUUUGUAGAUGGAUAUAUUGGUGAAAUUUGUGUGACUGUUCCUUGGAAGGCCCUUCUUUCUGAAAGUUGUUUUGUGGAAGUUUCAGGGCUGAUGGUAACUAUAGAACCCAAACAAAGGUCUGAGGAUAUAUCUAUGGUAGACUCGAUGAUUGAGUCUAUGAAUAUGACAACUUCCAUGCAGAUCGCUCAGGAGUGCCUUAAUCAUCAUGAAGAGAAGUGUGAAAUGGAAGGAAUCACUGACAAAGAUGCUAGUCAAACAAUUGAGGGCAUUGAACAUUUUGCUCAGGCAAUAGACACAGUACUUAAUAGAAUUAAGGUUCGAUUCCUUGACACGAUUAUCAGAUUGGAGCACACUCCAAAAGGUAGUCAGUCAGGUGUCUCCUUAGAGAUAAGAAUUAAAAAGAUAGACUACUUUGAUGAAGCAGGAUUAGGGAAAACUACUCCAAAUGGUGAAGCAAGCAAAACUGGAUUUGAACAUCAAUCAUUUGCAUCUAAAAAGUUUCAUAUUGAAGGCUUAACUAUGUACACAGAUGAGUUUCCUGCUAAAUCUAAAGUUGUAGGUAAAUCAGUAGUAAUUCCUUCAUCAGAAUCAAAUUCAUCUCCUGAUUCAGGUUCCAAAGUUUCAGGCUCAGGUUCUGGUGACUCAUUUAAGACAGCAGAUACAUCCCCUGCUGAAGGUAAGCAGUUUGAAUACAAUCAUGAGAAAACUGUCCGUAAGUUGAUCACAAAUUCUAGCAUUCCCAUGGAACCAAUUCUGUUUGCAAAAUUUACGGGCUCACAAGAGAUUAGUUUGAAACUGAAGCAAGCAGAUGUCAUGGGACCUAAAGUAGAUCUAAGAAUGAACUGUGGAUCACUUAUAAUGUUUUUAUCACCAAGGCAGAUUCAUUUGCUUCUAGAGCUCUCAGAAGGUGUGGCUUCUCCAGACAAAUUGGACUUAGAGCCCAGUGAUCCUAGGAUUUUAGGGGGAAAGCAAAAACCAAUGGAUCCAAAUGAUUUCAGGAAAGUUGAAAAUGAACUUCUCAAGGAAUUAAGAACACCACCUGUGUCUAGUCAUGCUCUGAAUCAACAUCAGGGUUGGUCAGUUACUCCACUAGAGGAUAGUGAUGAUGAGUUUUUCCCCAUGAGUGGUGGCAGUAAAGGACUUGCUAGAAAUAUGUCAAGUAGUCAGUUGUCUAGUUGCUCUGAUAUGGAUAGCUCAUUUAGUUCAAACAUGUCUAGCAGCACAGUGAGGUCUGCUUCAGCUGGAGUGUCAACUACGCCUUCAUUUCGUUACACUGGUGUUGGUGUGAUGGUAGGAGAUCAUUCUGUUGGUGGACCAGGAAGGAAAAAAAGUGAGCAGAGUGGAAGCAGAUUAACAGAUGAUCCUUCUGCAGUUGCAACCCAUUUCAGAGUGCAAAUUAGCAGUGUAGCAGCUGUGGUUCUUCAUGAAGAUAUUUUGACAACAUAUGUAGAGAACUCAAAUAUGGUGUCAAAGGCAUCAGUAGCUGAAAUGCAAGCCAAAUCUGAAGAUUUUUUUUUAACCCUUGGUGUACAUGGGUUAUCUGGUUAUAGCUAUAAUAUUUUUCAGGAAGCUAGGAAAAGAUUCAGUGAAGCAUGUCAGGUUAAUCAUCUGAGAUUUAUGGCAGCCCCAUUAACUGUGGAAGGAAGUGAGAAAAGCUUAGCAAAUAAAUGGGAGAUGAGUGUUAAUAUGUCUUUAGGUUGGGCUGAAAUACUCGAGUGCCUUGUGGACUCCUCGGUAUCUCCAGUGAAGAUAGAAUAUUCAGAAUUACUGUCUUUCAAAGAAAAGAUAAAAGAACCCUUAUCUGAAGCUAUUUAUAGUGGUGCCAUUGAGCCCAGACUUAGAAUAAGCAUUUCUCAGUCUCAAAAUAUGACUCCCACUGGAAGAACCCGAAGAUUGAGCACACCAAAGUUGGAUAUUAAAGUGAGCCUGGGUGAUUGUGUGUCAGAGAUUGAUAUGUCUAUUGUAGAUCGUAUUAGUGCUCUAAUUAAUAGGCAAGAGGUUUGUACAAAGGCUACAGAGGACAGUUUUUCCCCAGAGCUUCCACCUAGCUAUAUAAAUAAUCAGGCGUGCUUCAAGCAAACUCUUGAUGAUGCAACAUUACACCCAGAAACACGUGUAAAUAUUAAAGUUUCAUCAACGUCCUUCACUUUCAAACUUAGGUUUCCCAUACCUGACUUGAGACCUACAUCCAAUAUGGACCGAGUGCCAUGGUGGAAGAGAAAUAUUAGAAAAGAUAUUUUUUCAUUAGUAUUGCAGGACUUUGAGUUUGUUACUACUGUAGAUCCUCACAUGCCUUACAGUAGUUAUGAGAUACGAAGUGGUGAUGUACAUGUGUAUUUUCAAGAGCGAGAAGAGGAUGUUCCCAUAUCACUAUUGCAAGCUAGCUCUAGUAAAGGUGCUGAAAGAGGAUUUGAUCUUCCACAUGUUGUUGUGAUGGUUCAUCCACUACAACCAUGGAUGUCCCUAGAAGAAGAAGCUCCUAGACAAGAAAGCAUCAUGACUAAGUCUAUGAUGGGGUUUUUAGAAGAAGUAAGUGAAACAGAACCAAACCCUUUUAGUCGUAGAAAAGUAGCCACCCAACAAGCUGGAGAUAAUGAUGUAGGUGAAAUAACUAUACCUGCUGACAAGGAAGAAGUUCUAGAAUUUAUGGAAAAUAUACUUAAAAAUGUUCAGUUGAAUAUAGAGCUUCACUUGCCUAAUUCACAGUUAAUACUACCCUCUAAACAUAUAUAUGAGGUAUUGUAUAAUAGAUUGGUGUCAGACCUAUUGUUGUGGGAACCCUCUGCUCCCAAACCAGCAAGUCAGAGCAACCGCAAUUUGGGUUUUGCUCAAGGUGGGUUGGAUCUGGCUUCGGUGUUUAUGAAUGAAAGUAUUUACCAAAGUACAACACAGUUUACCAUGUGCCCUUCAGCACAUGCUGCUGGAAGUGAUAGUGAAGAGGAAGGAGAGUCACAAUUUUUUUCAGUGUAUGAACACAAAGCCAGGCAAAGAAUGAAACAGCAGCAGCUUCAUGAACCAAGUAAGAACAAGAAACAAACAACUUUGGCAUUUAAACUCACACUGGGUCAUGCUGUGGCCAGUAUACGAACCCCAUAUAGAGAUUCCAAGAACAACGUACUUCCAGGCCAGCAUGGUGAAGUAAUGAUAGUUGUUGAUCAAGGUACAAUAUUUAAUGCAACUGGUUACCAAGGGAAUCCAGAUUUGGGUUACACCUGCAUUUGGGCUGAAAAAGGGCAUAUAUAUCACAAAGCAGCCAAUAUCACUCCAGACCGUCCAGUAAUAUUAGAUCCCGUAACCCCACUGUCUACUUCACAAUUAGAUGCUAUACUUUAUCCUAAUGAUGAUGGUGUUAUAACAAGAUUAGGUGCAGGAGUGAAUCAGAGUGAAGAUUGCCAAGAUCAGAUCACUUUAGCAUUGAAAAUGGACUUCAGUUUGAGCCGUAACCUGAAAACUAUCAUUUUAGCAGGCUGUGUAAGAGGAACUACACUUCGUCACUAUAUGUGCAGCAGUCCAGAGAGUUGGGUUACACAACUUGGGGAUAUGUUUGGUGUCCAAGAUUAUCCUAUUGCAGGUUAUGUGAUUCCAUCUAUUGUUGUAGAAAUGAAUCUUCACUUAUGGGGAUGUGCUUUGGAUUAUCGUCCCUUACACUUACCAUUAAGAGCAAUGUUAACUGUUGAUGCAUGCUCCAUUUCUAGCAAUCUAACACUUGCAAGUGAUGUAAAUGUUUUACAUUUUAUUAUUGAAGAUGCAGCUCUCUUUUUAUCAGACAAACUUUCUGUACGUAGUGUUGACUUAAAGAAGAAUUACAUUUGUGUAGCAGAUUUAGGAGUUUUUGAAUUGUGCUUAAGAAUGCUAAUAGAUAAGAAGGAAAAGAAACCUAAAUUUGAUUUAUUGGCUUCUAAUAAUAUGAUUCAUGUUCGUACUUGCGCUGAUUCUUGCAAAGCAUUGCUGGAGCUCUUGAUCUACUUUGCCAGUGAUGGAGAUCUGACAAAAGAAGCCUCAACAGUAACGACAACAGAAGCUGCACCUGCUAAAAUAUAUCCCACAAGUGUUGCCUUUUCUCCCACCAGUGAAUGUGCAACCAUGAAACCUUCUGAAACUCAAGAGACCACUUUCAACCUACGGCUGAAAGAAAGUGAUUCCCAGCAGUUGGAGAUUGUUAGAGGUAUGAUGGAUGAUGCUAUGAUUGAGUCAACACCUUCAUCAUCAUCAUGUGAAGAUGAUGAAACUGACCCAGCUCAGUAUUUGAAGAAAGGGGUGGAAGUGUUUUUCUUUCCAGAUGAUAACAUUAAGCAGAAUAUAAUUUCAGUGCCAGCUGCUUCAAAAGAUUUAUCUAAGAAAGAGGAGACAACCUGUGAUGCUGAACUAACAGACACUGAAUAUGCCCUUAAGGAAGCAUUGAAGGAACAAUUGGACAAUCAUUUUGAAGAAUGUAGCUCUGGUACUGAUGAAGAGUUCUGUAUUCUUGAUGAUGCACCUGGCACAGGCAUCAAGUCUCCGUCUGGUGAACCACAGGUGCGACUCUUAACUCAAGACCCCAUUAUUAUUAUUGACAACCAUUUUUCUAUUCCUCUUGGUAAAGUUGAUCAGCUCAGGGCUCCUAAACAUUUCCCCACUGCAUCAGUAAAGUAUACUCUUCAAGAGUUGACAGUUGUGUGGCACAUGUAUGGUGGCUCUGAUUUUAAGACUCCAUCUUACAGUACACCUACUCACACUCGUCGUGUUACUAUCAGUGACUCCAAUGGCAAUCCAGACUAUGUUUGUGGAAGUUAUCCAUCCAGUACACCUUCACCACAGAUGACUUACAUUUCAACUGAACCCUCUGUAACAGUAAGAGCUGGUGAGGCUCAUUUUUCAGCUGGUCACACAUCACCCACAACUUUUAAGACAUCUCCACCUCAUAGUCCACAGCAACGAUCACAUAUGGUGUGGCAAGCAGUUGGGGGUCCAGGCCGGAAACACGAUACUCUCCUAGAACUGCAGUUAAGCAAAGUUCGUUUCCAGUAUGAGAUUUAUCCUGAAACUGUUCAACAGGCAUCCAGGAAUGUCCUCCUCAUUCAUGAUGUAGAAAUAAGAGAUAGACUUACUUCUUCCAAGAUUAACAAAUUCCUGUAUCAGUUCUCAUCUGAGACAUGUCCACGUCAAGCUCAUGCAAAUAUGGUUCAGGUAAAAGUGCUUACCACAAGACCUGAUGGACAGCAUGGUCCUCAGGAAACUAGUCUCAAGAUCUCUUUGCAGCCCAUUAGACUUCAUGUAGAUCAAGAUGCACUCCUCUUUCUCUUUCAAUUCUUCGAAGAGCUCCUUGCAUCAGAUAAAGUGGGAGAAACUGGAGAGGAGGAACGACCACAGUCAGCAACCCUGGUUCAAGCUCCAAUUAUGACUGUAAAUCUUAAUCAGACUGCUCAGCCCACUGCAAUGGAUAAUCAACAACUCCUUGUUAAUUUAGAAGAGAAAUCACCAUUGUCAGAAACAGAGGAAAAAAUCAGUAAGGCUGAUGAAAAUUCUCCACCAUACUUUAAAUCUUUUGUGUUCUCUCCUGAUGUACCUAUCAAGAUUGAUUAUCAUGGCAAGCAUGUAGAUAUUCAUUCUCAGUAUGGACCUAUUGCUGGUCUGAUAAUUGGACUAGGACAGCUUAAUCAGUCUGAAUUAACCUUGAAAAGCAUUGUUCAUAAAUCUGGCCUCCUGGGAAUGAACAAGCUAAUUCAGUACGUUACUAAUGAAUGGGUGAACGACAUUCGGCGCAAUCAACUUCCGUCUGUUUUAGGGGGUGUUGGGCCAAUGCAUUCUGUUGGCAAGUUGGUCGGAGGUAUUCGAGACUUAUUUUUGUUGCCCAUUGAGCAGUAUCAAAAAGAUGGUAGAUUAGUACGUGGUAUUCAGCGUGGAACAUCAGCCUUUACCACUUCUUCAGCACAUGCUGCUCUUGAUUUAACAGGACGUUUUGUAGGAUUUAUUCAGUCAACUGCAGAGACAAUGUAUGACAUGGUAUCUUCUGGACCUAGUGUGCGUCAUAGAUAUCGAUUACGUGCUGGUCAGCCCCAAGAUAUCCGUGAGGGAGUUACUACAGCAUAUGGUGUUGUUAGAGAUGGAAUUGGAGAGACAGCUUCAGCAAUUGUGCAAGCAGCAACAGAGGAGCAUCAGCACAAAGGAGUAUCGGGAGCCAUUGGUGGAGUGCUACGUCAGAUUCCACCCACUGUUGUUCAACCAAUUAUCCUGGCAUCCGAAGCUGCUGGUACAGUGAUAGGAGGAAUGAAGAACCAAUUAGUGCCUGAUGCACGUAGGGAAGCGGCUGAUAAAUGGAAAGCAUAAGUGAGCACGAAAAAAUACAAAGUGUGUGAUUGAUGUUCCUGUCAAACACCCUUCAUAAUAGACAUGACAAUACAGGGUUUGAUCUGUGUUGUUGCCUCUGUGAUCGCUGCACUGUGCCACAGUUUGUAGUUUAUUUCUGCAAGACUUUAUCAAUGCAUGUAAUGGAAAAAAUAUAAUUUCAGGAUUUUUCCUCAGUGGGAGACAUGCAGUUUGUGCCUCACUUUGUUAUUGUGAAGUUGAUGAUUAUUUAAUUUUUAUGUUUAUGUAUUGUGAUAAUGUGGGUAUGUGCUAGUGAAUGAAGUUUAUGCAUUCUUUAGUUAUUAAGACAAUUUAAUAAAUCAAUGAAUAUUUUAUAUUUAUGUUCAUGAUAGUUGCACAUGUAUGGAUGUUUAUACAGUGGACUUCUUAAGUUUUAUUUUUCUUGCUAAGCCUGGUUAAAAUGCUAUGUGAUUUUUUAUUCUUAUUUGCUUAUUUCACUUUGAGCACUGGGUAUCAAUUUGUACCCCAGUAAUUGUUAUAUGGAAAUCUGGUCAUGAAAACAAUUUCAAAGAUUACACAAUCUGUUCCUCGACAACAUAACAAUACUGAUGAAAUUGAAGAAACUAUAACAAUUUGUUCAAGAGGAGUGUUUGAUAGAAGAUGAAUAAGCUGCAGAUAAUUUUCCACUAUUAUUAUACAAGAUAAAUAUGAAUUCCUCAUGAAGCUUGGAAUCAAAAACUGCCUCUUCCAUUGUCAUAACAA